GACGCGUUCUGCCCAUAUUUUGUGAUCGGUUGUGAACUUGAUCGCAUCGCCUCUCUAGCGUUCCUGUCUUGCGUCACCUGUCAAUUCUGGUCACAUCGUUCUACUUCCAGCAAAGCUUGGAUUUUUUUCUUCCGAAGUCGAGUUUGUUCUUCGAGUAAUUAUUUCCCAUGGCUGAACUUGAUUAUCGUUCCUGCUUCGGUGCUGGUCAAGAUGUUGAAGUCCAGAAACGCAUGCUGACCGUUCCCAAGAUAGACACUUUGGACGAUUUGAUCAGGGAACUGAGGGAAGCAUUCGCUACUGAUCGUGUAAACAUUGAGCGAGUUAUGGACUUGAUGAGAGCUUAUAAGUCCAAUCCUAGGGAUUGGAUGAAGUAUGCCAAGUUUGACCGCCACCGAUACACUCGCAAUCUUGUGGACGAGGGCAAUGGCAGAUACAACCUGAUGCUUCUGGCCUGGGCUGAAGGUCAAGGCAGCAGUAUCCACGACCAUGCCAACAGCCACUGCUUCCAGAAGAUCUUGGACGGCACCUUGCGCGAGAUCCGCUUCGCCUGGCCACCUGAAUCACCUGACGAGGAGAGGGAGAUGGAAGUGAUUUCCGAGACCACCCUCGAGACGAAUGAUGUCAAUUACAUGAAUGACUCGCUGGGUCUCCACCGAGUGGAAAACCCAAGCCAUACCCAGACCGCAGUGAGUCUCCAUUUGUACUGCCCGCCGUUCGAGUCCGUGCUUCUCUUCGACCAGCGCACUGGCCACAAGACCAAGGGAAAAGUCACCUUCUGGAGCAAAUACGGAGAGAGAACUCCAUUUGGUGCCAUCUCAGCCAAGUUGGAUGCCGAAGAUUAUGAAAACAACUGAAAUAAAGACUUGUAUAUAGCUGUUUAUUCGGCCAGUUAUUCAUCAUCGUCCGAAUGAAUAUGUACCGUUAUUUUUCUUAUAAACUUAUCAAAUAAAAAUUCUGACACAAUGUGUUAAUGACAGAA